UGCCAGCAAGAUGAGGAGUGUUGCUCUGGGUUGGUCUGUGCCUGGGGCAGAUGUACCAAGAGUCUAACAGCUGGUAGUGGUGGAACAAAAUGCGAUCCAGCAAAGGACAACUGUGCUCCUGGAUUCUGCUGCUACAAGCCGGAAAUGUAAUCAGUCAGGAAGGAGACUCAGUAAUUAGAAACACAGACACAUGCAGCAGCCUAUAUGCUGAGCAGUACCCCCUGGCAAAUGUGGAUAUUGUAGCCUGCGGAACAGGUGGCAGAGAGGAACGCUGUGGCGUUGGAGUGGCACCCUGUGCAGGGGCGGAUUUGGAUGGAAAACCAGCCCGGGAAAUUUCUGGAGCAAUCCUAAUGGAGAUUUUUACAGCACUUCUAUCCCCGGUGUGCAUGCCAUUUCCAUCCAGAAGAUUGCCGUGUCAGAAUCAGACCAGUGACCUCUUAAAGUUGAUUAACCUUCAUGUAGAUUACAAGUUUGGUCUGGGGCACUGUCCUUGUGCUGAGGGUCUGGUGUGCACCAGUAAAGGAAACCUUAUUUCCACCUGCGAGAGCCCAGAUGAAGUAAUCGAUUUCACAAAUUACAGAGGAGAUUCCCUUUUCCCACCACUGGUCCAUAGAGACGAUGGGUUUAUAUACUAUGAUACGGAUCUCGUUCCAUGGCCUUCCCAGGAUGAAGAGUUAGCCUUUGUAGACAGCCGUAGAGAGCGAGAGGCAGGCAAGAAAUGCAUUGAACAUGCUCAGUGUGGACAUAGGUGAUAAUAUGGAGGAUGAGAGUCUGCAGUUUGACGAUCUUGUAGAUGAAGCAGCUAUUCCAAGUCAGGAGGAUUUCCAAGAACUUAGACAACUUGCAAAUGACAUGGGGCAAUAUUUUGGUCCUGGCCUCUACUAAAUGGUCCCCUUUUAUUGCAUGUUGAUGUCAUUUUUUAGUUUUCUUUUCAGAAUAAAAUAGUUUUAAUAAUAGUGAUAAAUAUAAAGACAAUCCUAACCUUGUGAUCACUGAUUAUAUUUUAGGCACAUAAUGCAAAAAUGCAAGUCUUGUCCAUUUCACAUAUGACAUGAUAAUGGUUAAGGACUUGGAGGAAUACAUUCUCAACCAAUAGCCAUGUUUUGGCAUCUUUAAGUGUUAUAACACAGAACAGCAAUUUAUUUAAGAAGAUACUCAAAACUACAUAUGCAAAUGCCUUUUUAGCUUAUCUGACAUCGGGAUCCGGUCUUUAGGUCGACAGUAAGUAGGUCGACAAUGUUUUGGUCGACCACUAUUGGUCGACAGUAAGUAGGUCAACAUGUUCUAGGUCGACAGGUCAAAAGGACGACAGGAGGUUUUUUUAAAAAAAUUACUUUUUCAUACUUUACGAUCCACGUGGACUACAAUUGUGAACGGUAACCUGUGCUGAGCAAAGCGAGCUAUGCGAGGGGACACGGUGCACUAAUUGGGGUUCCCGGUCAUUGUCACAUGUCGACCUAAAGACCCUGUCGACCUACCAUCCCUGUCGACCAGUAGUGGUCGACCCAAGCACUGCCAACCUACUUACUGUCGACCUUACAUACCACACCCAUUAAUUAACAUUAACUUCCCCACAAUGUAGUAAUAAAAUAGUAUUUCCCCCAUGAGAAUUAUCAGCGUUAUCUAUCUCUUUAUGCAAUACAUAAUGAUUGUCCUUAUUAUGGGUCUGAUUCACACUCACUGCCCAUGUCGGAUGCAGUUUGUUUUUCUACUGUGCAUGUGUUUAAGUGCACACAGAGGGCCGUAUUCAGAGAUGGACACAGCCACUGCAUUCGCACAGCGUCUGCAGUGCGCGUGUGCGAUAAAUCUUUAUGCAUGAGUGACAGGCAGCAGGCGUCCGGGGGCGGACGAUGCAGCGUUGGGGGGAGUGCACCAGGAAAUGCAUGUCAUGGCUAAUUUUGGGGCUGGCCGAUGAUGUCACCUGCGUUUCCUGUGAU